AUGAUUGUGGAAGUAUUCCUUCUGGGAAAGGAUCCCAACAAAACCAAGCAGGAGAUUCGAUUUGAACGAACAGAUGACCUCAACGCGUUGAAAGCGAAGGCUGCCGCUCAAUUCAACAUUAUUGUGCCAGAUGGCAUCAGUUUCCAAAACCAAACAGGACAUCUCUUGCAUGACGUCGAGGAAGUCCUUGAUAGCUCCCAACCUGUGGGAAUACUUGUUGAUGGACACCAAGUCCGCGAACCAGCUGGGCCGGAGGGUCUCCCAUUGGCAGGCGCAUAUUACGAGGUUUUUCCCGAUCAUAUUGGCAAUCAUGCGCGCAUGUUCCAUAAGUUUGGGGGUGUCAUCAAAUAUACCACCUACGGCCGGCAAAACUACCUCACCUGCGACCCUAACGUGGCCGACGUGGCUUUUUCGGAGGGUCCCUACUUUACCAAGGCGACCUCCAACCCCAAUCAUCCGCUGUACCCUAUCAAUAAUCAGCAUGCUCUGUUUCUUUGCGACACUAAUGAGAACUGGCGCACGGCCCAUCGCUUCAUAGCCCCCUCGAUGAACCCGAAGGCCAUCCGACACUACCAUCCUCUGAUGCAGAAGGUAGUUCACUCGUCAUUUUCGGUGUUUGACGAACUUGAUGAGCGCGGUGAGGCAUGGAACACUUAUGCGUACAUGCUAAAGUUAGCUAGUGGAGCGAUAGGCGAAUUUGCCUUGGGAAUGAACCUUCAUCAUUUCGAUUCAGUGGACGCUCCGGUUCAUACCUUAGUCACGUCCAUUCAAAGAACCCUUCAGCUGAAUAAAAAAGUGGCGUCCAAAGGAGAAUGGUACUCAAAACUGCCAUUCGGUGAUCCCAAGGAAUUGGCAAGGGUAUACAAACACGUGGAGGAUCUCCUUGACAAUGCUUUCGAGCAAUGUCCGAAAGGCGGAGAUCAGGAUCUGCCUAUAAGCGAGGCUGCUUUGCAAGCAACGUGUGUUUUUGAUUACCUCAACAGAGCAAUCGAUGAAAAGGGACAAAAAAUGCCAAGGGAACUUAUAUCGCCCAAUAUGCUCCCAGUUGUCGGAGCAGGCUUUGUCACGACGGCUUGCCUAUUAUCUUGGCUGCUCUACUCCCUAUGCACCUAUGAAGGAACGCAAGACCGUCUACUGCAAGAGCUUGUUGAUUUCGGAGUCAACGAGAACACGCAUUAUGAUCCGGACCUUACGGAUAGCCUUCCAUAUCUAAAUAAGUUCAUCAAGGAGACUCAGAGGCUACACAACCCAUCAUUCCAGCCCGGCAGGAUUACCAAGGUUGACUGCAUUGUCCCUGGUGGAUAUGAGCUCCCGAAAGGGGCGGCACUGAUCAUUGCCCUUUACGCCAUACAUGCGAACCCUGACAUUUGGGACAACCCUAGCCGCUUCGACCCGGAGCGGUUCGGACGCGAUGAUUCAAAGAAACGGCACAAAUGCUCAUAUAUUCCCUUCGCAACUGGUCCGCGGUCUUGCAUCGGGUUCAACUUCGCCCUCGGAGAAGUCAAGGUGGCACUCCCGUCUUUGGUAUACAGAUACGAGUUCUCCCGCGAAGGAGAAAAUUCCGUCGAGUAUGAUCCCCAGUACCAGCUGAUUCGGCCUACAAAUUUGUAUAUCCGAGCCAAGAGAAGGACGGAGUGGCCGAAGCCGACAAAGACUUCUGCAGCCUAG